AUGCUUCUUUGGGGUGACGGUGCUUUGGAAUUCGUUCGCACUUUUGUUUAUACUCUACAGGAGUGGGAGCCCUUCUCCAACUUGUGGGCUGCAGCCUCAGCAAAGCUCCAAGCUGGCCAUUGCCCUGGAGCCCUUGCCAAGAAUCAGUUGAGCGCAAUUACGCAGAGUGAACAAUGGGUGACGUCUGGUGCCAAGACGCUGUUCAAGACGGUAAGGGCUUUGGAGAAGCGCGAAGAUGCCGGAAAAGUGCUGAAGAUUGCAAGAGACAUCAAGGAACAAAUUGAUGCAUUUCAGCCGUACCUUCCAAUCGUCACUGGCCUUCGAAAUGCGGGCAUGCGCGAGCGGCACUGGGCGCAGGUCAGCGAAUUGGUUGGUCAAGAUGUGAGCCCCGAGAUGGAGGACUUCACGCUGAAGAACUUUGUUUCCAUCGGCAUGCUUGAACAUGUGUCAAAGAUCAACGAUAUUGGUGAGAAGAGCGGGAAGGAGCUGUCCAUCGAGACGCAGCUCACAAGCAUGAUCAAUGCGUGGGAUAACAUGAAGUUUGACUGUAGCGAGCCAUACCGCAACACCCAGACUUACAUUCUCAAAGGUGCAGAUGAGGUGAUUGCUUUGGUCGACGAGCAGAUUGUCAUCACGCAGGCUAUGCAGUUCUCACCCUUCAAUAAGCCCUUCAAGGAAGAUAUUGAUGCCUGGGCAGAGAAGCUCUUGUACGUGUCCGAGUGCUUGGAUGGAUGGCUAAAAGUGCAGCGGGCGUGGAUGUAUUUGCAGCCAAUCUUUGACUCGCCCGACAUCAUGAAGCAGCUUCCCACCGAAGGCAAAAAGUUUCGCUUGGUUGACAGCAAAUGGCGCCAGACCAUGGCACGCCUUCAUCAGAACGGAGCUGCCUUGCAAGCCUGUUCAAUGGAAGGGUUGCUGGAAACCUGGAACAAUGCCAAUGCGGACUUGGACAUGGUACAAAAAGGCUUGGACGACUACUUGGAAACCAAGCGCGGAGCCUUCGCUCGCUUCUACUUUCUGUCCAACGAUGAGCUUUUGGAAAUCCUGUCGCAGACAAAGGACCCGCUGAGAGUGCAGCCCUUCCUUUCCAAGGUUUUUGAGGCCAUGAAGAAGCUCACUUUCACAUCCGAUUUGUCAGCAACACAGAUGGUCUCUAAAGAAGGUGAGAUCAUUGACUUCGUUAGCCCGGUGCACACAACUGGAAAGAAUGUUGAAACAUGGAUGACCGAAGUUGAGAAUCAGAUGCUGGCAGCGAUUCGGGAGGUCAUAAAGAUCGGCGUUGAGACAUACAUCGAUACUCCAAGGACAGAAUGGGUGCUCAAGCAGCCUGGACAAGUGUGUCUGAACUCUAGCCAGGUGCAUUGGACUGCUGAAGUGGAAGAGGCCAUUGACGCUGCAGCCUUGUCUGACUACUUCUCAAAGCUCUCCGACCAGCUAAUGGGCCUGGUGCGACUGGUUCGUGGUGACAUCUCAAAGCUGCAGCGAAUGAGUAUCGGCGCUUUGAUCGUGAUCGAUGUACAUGCGAAGGACACUGUUGAAAAGAUGGCCAAAGACAACAUUACCGACGUCUUCUCCUUUGAGUGGAUCUCUCAAUUGCGGUACUACUGGGAGGUAGAUGAUAGGUCAACUGAGAAUCUGUGGGUUCGUAUGGUGCAGACUCCCUUCCCGUAUGGCUAUGAGUACCUCGGAAACUCUUUCCGGCUGGUCAUCACACCUCUUACAGACAUGUGCUAUAUGACUCUGAUGGGAGCCCAGAGUCUGAACUUGGGUGGUGCUCCUGCAGGACCUGCAGGCACUGGCAAGACGGAGACGACGAAGGAUCUCGCAAAAGCUUUGGCCAAGCAGUGUGUCGUGUUCAACUGCUCACCCGAGAUGGACUACCUUAUGGUUGGCAAGUUCUUCAAAGGACUGGCAUCGAGUGGUGCUUGGUGCUGCUUUGAUGAGUUCAACCGCAUCUACAUUGAAGUGCUUAGCGUAAUUGCGCAACAAUUGUUGCAGCUGUUCACCGCAAAGCAGUCCUUGGAGUCCUACAACGAUACCUGCGAACUGGAGUUUGACUCAACUUUGAUCACCAUGAAGCCAACGUUUAACGUGUUCAUCACAAUGAACCCUGGCUAUGCCGGUCGAUCCGAGUUGCCUGACAAUCUGGCGGCACUUUUUAGACCCAUGGCAAUGAUGGUUCCAGACUACGGUCUCAUUGGAGAGAUCAGCUUCUAUGCAUUUGGCUUCGAGAAGGGCCGCCACCUAGCCAAGAAGAUGGUCACAACUUUCCAACUCUGCAGCGAGCAACUCUCGGCGCAGUCUCAUUACGACUACGGAAUGCGUGCUGUGAAAACUGUGAUUGAAGCUGCGGGGCUUAACAAACGCCAGUAUCCAGAGCAGAGUGAGUCUCAAAUCUUGCUUCGGGCAUUGCGAGAUGUCAAUGUUCCCAAGUUUCUCAAAGAUGAUCUGCCCCUUUUUGAGAACAUCAUCUCCGAUCUCUUCCCAGGGGCCAGAUUCGUGUUUCCACUUUUGUCAAUGAGUCGAAGUUGA